AAUUCCUCAAGACAUUUUUAGCACUUCAAUCUUCGCCUUCUUCUCCGCUGUUGCCUUUCGUAAUUCACAGAGACUGACCUCACUCGCCAUUCUAAAGCUCUCAAAAUCGGCGUUCAAUCGGAAUACGGCGGAGAUGUGGCGAUGCGCCUCCCGUGCCUUCAGCAUUCAAUCAAAGAAUGCCGCCUCCCCCGGCUCCAUCCGGCGUCUAUUCUCCGUUCAAUCUAAUCGUGGAUCGCCACAAUAUACCGUGGUGGAUCAUACCUAUGAUGCGGUGGUGGUCGGCGCAGGAGGUGCAGGCCUCCGUGCGGCGAUAGGGUUGUCAGAGCAUGGAUUCAACACAGCUUGCAUUACCAAGCUAUUCCCCACUCGCUCACACACAGUCGCUGCACAGGGUGGUAUUAAUGCUGCAUUAGGGAAUAUGACCGAGGAUGACUGGAGAUGGCACAUGUAUGACACAGUUAAAGGGAGUGAUUGGCUCGGUGACCAAGAUGCUAUUCAGUACAUGUGUCGAGAAGCCCCCAAAGCUGUUAUUGAGCUAGAAAAUUAUGGGCUACCUUUUUCUCGGACUGAAGAGGGGAAGAUUUAUCAACGUGCAUUUGGUGGUCAAAGUCUUGACUUUGGAAAAGGUGGACAAGCAUAUCGUUGUGCCUGUGCUGCUGAUCGAACUGGACAUGCUUUGUUGCACACACUAUAUGGACAAGCAAUGAAGCAUAACACACAAUUUUUUGUGGAAUAUUUUGCGCUUGAUUUACUCAUGAGCAAAGAUGGUAGCUGCCAAGGUGUAAUUGCCUUAAAUAUGGAGGAUGGCACACUGCACCGGUUCCGUGCUGCCUCAACAAUUCUGGCUACUGGAGGUUAUGGAAGGGCAUACUUUUCUGCUACCUCUGCUCAUACCUGCACUGGAGAUGGCAAUGCUAUGGCUGCUCGUGCUGGGCUGCCACUUGAGGAUCUCGAAUUUGUUCAAUUUCAUCCAACAGGCAUAUAUGGUGCUGGGUGUCUCAUCACUGAAGGGUCUCGAGGUGAAGGCGGUAUUCUUCGGAAUAGUGAAGGUGAAAGAUUCAUGGAACGGUAUGCCCCAACAGCCAAGGAUCUUGCAUCUAGAGAUGUGGUAUCAAGAUCUAUGACAAUGGAGAUUCGAGAGGGGCGUGGUGUUGGUCCCUUAAAAGAUCAUAUCUACCUUCACUUGAAUCACUUGCCUCCGGAGGUUCUUAAGGAGAGACUUCCUGGAAUUUCUGAGACAGCAGCCAUUUUUGCUGGCGUAGAUGUUACAAAGGAACCAAUUCCUGUCUUACCCACUGUUCAUUAUAACAUGGGUGGAAUUCCUACAAAUCACUAUGGAGAGGUGGUUACCAUCAGAGGCGAUAAUCCCGAUCAUGUGAUUCCUGGAUUAUUUGCUGCUGGAGAAGCUGCUUGUGCAUCUGUCCAUGGGGCCAAUCGGCUUGGAGCCAAUUCUCUUCUUGAUAUUGUUGUCUUUGGUCGGGCUUGCGCAAAUCGGGUUGCAGAGAUCAGCAAACCAGGAGAGAAGCAAAAGCCACUAGAAAAUGAUUCUGGAGAAAAGACCAUUGCAUGGUUGGACAAAAUUAGGAACUCUAAUGGUUCCCUUCCCACCUCAAGUAUUCGACUGAAGAUGCAAAGAGUAAUGCAAAACAAUGCUGCAGUGUUCCGCACACAAGAAACACUCGAGGAAGGUUGCCAGUUGAUCGAUCAAGUGUGGGAGAGUUUCCAUGAUGUGAAGUUGACAGAUAGAAGCUUAAUAUGGAACUCAGAUCUGAUAGAAACGAUUGAGUUAGAAAACCUUUUGAUUAAUGCCUGCAUUACCAUGCACUCUGCAGAGGCAAGGAAAGAAAGCAGAGGAGCUCAUGCACGUGAGGAUUUCAAUAAAAGAGAUGAUCAGAAUUGGAUGAAGCAUACACUGGGUUACUGGGAAAACGAGAAAGUCCGGCUAGACUAUCGACCAGUCCACAUGAACACGCUUGAUGAUGAAGUUGAAUCCUUCCCUCCAAAGGCUCGUGUUUAUUGAAGCCCUUAUGGCCAACAACAGGUUCUUGAGAUUUUGAUCUUUGCUGAAAUGUUGUGUUAUGAUGCAGUAAUAAAUUUACGGAAACAAAAUUUCUUUUAAUUGAUAAUAAAUGUAGCGCCAAUAUUACUGUGUGAUACGACGGUCGUGCUCAAAUCAACACAAAACUGUCCAUCAGUUUCGAAAUCCAAUAUUAACUGUAUUGGUGCUAGUUGUGUUUUAAGAGCACGAUUUGUACGGUACAAUUCAUUGUGUUCAAAGUUUUAUCUUAUGCAUUGGAUCAA